AUGGUUUCGGUGGGAAACCAGACUCCCAUCUCCCACUUCAUCUUCCUGGGCUUUUUCACCCACUUGCCACUGCAUCUCUUCUUCUUUUCCAUCAUCUUGGUCACGUUUCUGGUGGCCAUCUCUGGCAACGGGCUCAUGAUCUUCCUCAUCAAUAUCAACUCCCGCCUACAGAGCCCCAUGUACUUCCUCAGCUGGCUGUCACUCAUGGACCUCAUGCUCAUCUCCACCAUUGUGCCAUGAAUGGCCACUGACUUCCUCCUAGGCCGUGGCUCCAUCUCCUUCACAGGCUGUGGGCUCCAGGUCCUUUUCAUCCUCACCCUCCUGGGGGAUGAUUGCUUCCUGCUGGCCUUUAUAGCCUAUGACCGCUAUGUGGCCAUCAGCAACCCAUUGAGGUCCUCAGUGGUCAUGAGCCUCCAUGUCUGCUGGCUCAUGGUGGCAGGGUCCUGGUUCUUUGGCUUGGUGGAUGGACUGAUCCAGGCCAUCUUCACUCUGAACUUCCCCUAUUGUGGCUCUCAGGAGAUCAACCACUUCUUCUGUGAAAUCCCUGCCAUACUGAAGUUGGCCUGUGCUGACACCUCCCUCUAUGAGACCAUGAUCUAUGUCUGUUGCAUCUUAAUGCUGCUCCUGCCCUUCCCUGUCAUCUCUGCUUCCCACCUGUGGAUGCUGGUAGCUGUGCUCCACAUGGCAUUGGCUAAAGGUCGUCAGGAAGCCUUUGCUACCUGCUCCUCUCCAAUGGCAGUGGUUUCUCUCUUUUAUGGGGCUGCAAUGAUCACCUAUAUGUGGCCUCAGGCCUACCACUCCUCCAAGCAGGACAAGGUGGUCUCAGCCUUCUAUACGAUGAUCACCCUUAUGCUCAACCUACUCAUCUACAGCCUGAGGAACAAGGAAGUGGCUGGGGCUCCCAGAAAACUCCUGGGGAGGUGUCCUUGUGGUGGGGGGGCAGGUCUAGGUUGA